AGUCCAAGAUUUCAGCCUCACGCAAACUAAUGCUAAAGAGCAUGAUGGUUGCUAAAGCUAAAGAGAUGUUGGAGCAGGAGGUGAUGGAGAAGGAGGAGGAGAAGCAGCGGUAUCUGGCAGAGAAAGCCCCACCUCUACAAACUGGUGGAAUGUCUUUUGCAGAGCUCCAGGAACUGUGCCAAGAACUCCAUGCCAAGAUAAACAUCGUGGAUGAGGAGCGCUAUGAUAUUGAAGCAAAAGUGCUGCAUAACACCGGAGAGAUAAAAGAUCUAAACAUUAAGGUCUUAGAUUUGAGAGGGAAGUUUAAGCGGCCCAAUCUGAGAAGGGUGAGAGUGUCAGCAGAUGCCAUCCUGCGCUCUCUUUUGGGCUCCAAACACAAGGUGUCAUUAGACCUGAGGGCAAACCUCAAAUCAGUCAAGAAAGAGGACACAGAGAAGGAAAAGACAGUAGAGGUUAGUGACUGGCGGAAAAAUGUGGAGGCCAUGUCUGGAAUGGAAGGCCGCAAGAAAAUGUUCGAUGCUGCCAAGGGACCUGUGCAGUGAUCAACAGGAUAUGGGCUCAAUUGAGAGGUGAAGAGGUGGCAUUGCUGACUUCUGCUUAAUCAAUUCAAGUCAAAGAUUACAAUCUACAUUAUAGGUUAUUGUUGGCAUACUGCACAUCAUCUAUACUACAUACAGUACCAGUCAAAAGUUUGGACACACUUACUCAUUCAUAGUAAUGAGUAAGUAUGCCCAAAUUUUUGACUGGUACUGUAUAAAUUGUCCGUAUACAUAUAACUUAACGUACAUGUAUGCCCAAUACUCAAGUACUGUAACAUGCAGGAUGUUACAUCAGAUUAUGUGUUUGUUUUGCCAUUGUCAGAAAUUUCUCCAAAUGGUCACUGCUAUGCCUCAUUGUCAAAUCUCUUAAUAAGUUCAAAGUGAAUUGAUAACAUUCUCUUAGGUUUGGCGGAAACCAACAAAUGUCCAUCAAAAUAUAAAUCAGUAAUUAUAAAAAUGAUUCACAUUUAAAUAACCACAACCCUGG